AUGACAUACAAUAUUAGAUUCUGUCUUCGUUUUCAUAGAUAUUUUAAUCGUUUUGCCCUAAAUAAAAAUUCUUCUAGAUUUUAUUCUGUCCUUCCAACUUGUAAAUCCACCUUAACAGAACCUAGUGACAGAUAUGCUAAAUCUUUCGUAUCCUCUAAAGGUUCUGAUUUUAAUCCUCUGAAGCUUAUAGGUAAUCGUUAUUUUUCAAAAGAUAUCAAGGUUAUUAAUGUCCCUACCUUGGGCGAUUCUAUUAGCGAGGGUACUCUAACCAAGUGGGCCGUUUCAGUUGGAGAUUAUUUAAACGUAGAUGAUCUAAUAGCCGUAGUAGAGACCGACAAGGUCUCAGUUGAUGUCAACUCGCCCUUUUCAGGAGUUCUCACCAAGACGUUUUCAAAUACAGGAGAUACAAUCCUGGUUGGAAAACCACUCGUUGAAAUUGACUUGGCCGGUAAACCUUCAGAAAAGGCUCCAGAAAAGAAGCCCGAUGCUAAACCACCGGCUUCGACUCCUACUAAACCUGAGACAAAAUCUCCUGAACCGCCUAAACCUGCAGAUUCAAAGCCAGUAUCUUCAUUUGAAGUCAAAACACCCCCCACUCCCGUGGAAUCGAAACCACUUCCUCAAUUUGAAAAGGGCUCUCCUUUGAGCAUGGUUCCACCAACUCCAGUACCAUCUUCCGAUUUGGAACCUGAAACUAGAGUUCCUCUCACCAGAAUGCGCAUGAGGAUUGCAGAACGACUUAAGUUGGCCCAGACAGAGAAUGUUAUGUUGACAACAUUCAACGAGUGUGAUAUGAGCGAGUUAACAAAGGUCAGGAAGAUGCUUAAUGAAUCAGGAGAAGUUUCAUGCAAACUUGGAUUCGUCUCUGCUUUUAUGCGAGCCUCAACACUAGCACUCUUAAAGAUGCCAAUCAUGAAUUCAUAUAUUGAUGGGAAAGAGAUGGUGACAAAGAACUACGUGGACAUUUCAGUCGCAGUUGCCACUCCCACGGGACUAUUGGUCCCUGUUAUAAGAAACUGCGAAUUCAAGAAUUGGGAAGAACUUGAACUCUCACUUCUGGAGAUGGCUAAGAAGGCCAGAGACGGCUCCAUUACCAUCGAGGACAUGACCGGCGGAACUUUCACCAUUUCGAAUGGCGGCGUUUAUGGCAGUCUCUUGAGCACUCCAAUAAUUAACCCUCCCCAAUCUUCAAUUCUAGGGAUGCAUGCAAUCACUAAACGUGCAGUUGUCCGCGACGACAACAUAGUAAUCAGGCCUGUCAUGAACGUCGCCUUGACCUACGACCACAGGCUCAUUGACGGCAGGGACGCUGUCACUUUUCUGAACACGAUUAAGAAGUUUAUAGAGAACCCAUCGCUUCUUCUGCUUAAGUAA